UGCCGCUCGUCAGUUGUGGCGAACGAGUCCACGGCACGUCGCCGUGCAGCCGGCCAAGUCAAACCCUGCUGCUCCGGGCCCACGGAACCGGUCGGCAUCCACCCCUCGUCUCUCGCACACACGGUCCACGCGGUCGAGGUGAGCGUCACGCACAGGCAGGCAGGCGGGCAGGCCACCGGCCGGUCGGUUUUCUAUAAAUCGCCCUCGCCUCGCCCAAAUUCCCACACCACACCACACCACACGCGCGCACCUCCCCGUCCGUCCCUCCCGCAGUCGGUGGUGCCUCGGCGCGUGCUGCUCUGCUCUGCUCCGCCACCGCCACCGCCGCAUCGCUCCGGAGACCUCACCUCACCCACCGGCGAGACUAUGACUACUUCAAGGCGCCUUGCUGACAGGAAGACUGCAAAGUUCCAGAAGAACAUCACCAGGAGGGGUUCAGUGCCUGAAACCACUGUCAAGAAGGGGAAUGACUACCCUGUUGGACCUAUAGUGCUUGGCUUCUUCAUCUUCGUUGUCAUUGGAUCAUCAUUGUUUCAGAUAAUCAGGACGGCAACCAGCGGCGGAAUGGCUUAAGAGCCAACCAAUCUAAUCACAGUGUCCACAGAUCUGUUUGUUAUACAUGCAUCCAAUCCAGAAUUGGGUAGCAGCUAAAUGUCCAGUGUUGUCAUACUUAUCCUGUAUUCGUUUUGUCUCGAGAGUGCCGAGUCUGAAACUAGCGUCUGAAGAACUGUAAAGCAAAUCAUGUACCUCAAGGCGUUAAAUGGAUAAUCAGAUAGUAUAAUGUUUCAUUUAUUAUCUCCA